AUGGCUGCUUGCCAUGUUGGUCUCAAUGCAACCAACCAUUUAUUAUGUUAUGCAAUGGAAAUCAUUUUGUUGCUCCAUAUGAUUACUUGUGUAAACUCACUUUCAUUUCAUCACCAAGGCUUUGAUUAUGAAGAUGUCAGGAUUAAAGGAGAUGCCACUUUGUCACAUUCAAAAAUUGAACUCACUUCAACCACAAGAUACCAAAGCAACGCUUACAGUGUUGGGAGGGUCACAAGUUUUGAGCCUUUGCACCUGUGGGACAUGAGAUCAAGUGAACUCGCAGACUUCACUACUGAAUUUUCCUUUAUCAUUUUCUCAAAUGAGACUAGUUUUGGAGAUGGAUUUGCAUUUUUCUUUGCAGAUCCAAAGCUGCCACUUUUAAGUAAAAUAAAAGAAGGAGGUGGUCUUGGUCUUGUGGAUGGUGACCAAACAUUGAAGUCAACUAAGCAUCCAUUUGUAGCAGUGGAGUUUGACACUCACCAAAAUACAUGGGAUCCACCCGGCACUCAUGUGGGUAUAAACAUCAACUCUAUGAUGUCAAGCAUAAAUGCGCCAUGGUAUGUUGAUAUUAGGCAAAUGAAAGUUUAUUAUUGUGGAAUUGAGUACAAUGGCAGUUCUCAUAAUUUAAACGUGUCUUUCACUGGUUACAUCGAUGGCAAGACAGUAAAAGAUUACAUUUCAUACACCGUUGAUUUGAGAGAUUACCUGCCAGAGUGGGUUAUUUUUGGCUUCUCAGCUGCUACAGGAAUUAUGUUUGAGAUGAACACACUGCUGUCAUGGUCAUUCGAUUCAAGUUUACAAAGUAAUGAGAAUGUGCCAAAUGAUAUACCUCCAAUGGCAGCCUCACCAAUCCCAAAUCUCCACCCUUCACCAGUCCCAAAUCCUAAUUCUUUACCAAUUCCAAGUGCUGAUAUUAGCCCUAAACAAGAUAACCAAAGAGGUUUUUUUAUGAGGUUAGGAGUUGGUGUAGGUAUAGCUGCGAGUUUUCUCAUUUUGGGGUUGGUUUGUAGUUUAAUGUGGAAAAGGGCUAAAGGGAAAAAGAAAGAUUCACUUUAUGAUUUGAACAUGGAUGAUGAAUUCCAAAAGGGCAUUGGACCUAAGAGAUUUUGCUAUAAAACACUGGCAAGUGCAACAAAUAACUUUGCAGAGGCACAAAAGAUUGGACAAGGUGGUUUUGGUGGUGUUUACAAAGGCUAUUUGAAAUAUGACAACUCCUUUGUUGCUAUAAAGAAGAUAUCAAGAGAGUCCCGGCAAGGAAUAAAGGAAUAUGCAACUGAAGUUAAGAUCAUUAGCCAGCUGAGGCAUAGGAAUUUAGUCCAAUUAAUUGGUUGGUGCCACAGGAAGAAAGAUUUCCUCCUUAUAUAUGAAUUCAUGCAAAAUGGUAGCUUAGAUUCCCACCUAUAUCAUGGAAAAAGCAUCUUGACAUGGCAGAUGAGGUACGACAUUGCAAUGGACUUAGCCUUGGCAGUGUUAUACCUUCAUGAAGAAUGGGAGCAGUGUGUGCUUCAUAGGGACAUUAAGUCCAGCAACAUUAUGCUGGACUCUAGUUUCAAUGCUAAGCUUGGAGAUUUUGGCUUAGCUAGGCUAGUGGAUCAUGAGAAAGGUGCACAAACCACAAUUCUAGCAGGGACCAGGGGCUACAUAGCCCCUGAAUAUUUCACUACAGGGAAGGCUAAGAAGGAAUCUGAUAUAUACAGUUUUGGGGUUGUUUUAUUGGAGUUGGCCAGUGGAAUAAAACCAGUAGACCUUAAAGCCAAGGAGGGUCAAAUAACCAUAUUUGAGUGGGUUUGGGAGCUUUAUAGAUUAGAACAGUUCUUUGAUGCAGCAGACCCAAAACUUGGGGGAGCAUUUCAGGAGGAGCAACUGGAACGUUUGCUUGUUGUUGGCCUCUGGUGUGCCAAUCCAGAUUAUACAUCCAGGCCAUCUAUAAGGCAAGUGAUUCAAGUGCUCAAGUUUGAAGCUCCUUUACCUGUUCUCCCACAAAAGAUGCCUGAGCCAUAUUACCAUUCUCCCACAAUGAGUACUGUUUUUGCUUCAGUUUCUUCUCCCUAUCCAGAUACAUAUUAG